UUUGACAGUUGGUAAUAGCGACCGGAAUCAUUCAUUUAUUUCUUUGGUUAAUUAAAAUCCUCGUAAUAACAUUCUUUUAGCACUCAUUCAUUAAAUAAAGGCUUGUAUUGUUUUUAAAUUUAAUACAAUCAAAAAACUAAAACCAUUAGAUUGGCUGGUAGGUACUUGAUACUCAGUACAGAAAUAGAGUAACUUCAAAAUGAAUUUAAAUAUUUCAUCCCUUGGAAAAUUUGUAUGGAAAUCUCAAUCUGUAGCUGGUUUUGGGUAUCAACAAGUCAGGAACAAGUGGGCCAACUGGUUAAUGAUAAGAGAUGUUAAAAGACGACGAAUGAGCGCUGAGAACUUCCUUGAAAGGACAAGAAUUAAUGCGCUUAGAAAAAAUGAUGUACUUCCAGUGGAAAUCAGAGAAUUGGCUGACAAGGAUAUAAAUAAAUUUGAAAUGAAUGCUAUUCCUUUGAGAAUUAACAACAGAUGUGUUAUUACAUCCAGGCCCAGAGGCAUUGUUAAGGAAUGGAGAAUGAGUCGUAUAGUAUGGAGGCACCUAGCUGACUACAAUAAGUUAUCCGGAGUGCAAAGAGCUAUGUGGGGAUAGGCUGGAGUUUAUUUCAUAUGUAGGACAUUAUUAACAAUAAAAAAUAUGUUAGUGUUUAUUUA